AUGGAAGGGUUCUCAGUAAAGGUCAAAACCCCAACUAGAACCUCAUCUGAAUUGACACAAUCAGAUGCAAAUGAAGAUGGCUUUCCAAUAACAGAACCGACCAGUACCUGCCAACCCCCUUCGCGCCACUGUCAUGUAGCCAAGACUUCCAGCUGUGGAAACCACAAGGAUGCAGUGUUAACUCAACGCACAGUGCUGAAACCACAUAAAAAGCUUCAUAACUGUCAUCGUUGUGGCAAAGAAUGUACUAACUCCACAAACCUGAAACGUCACAUGAGGAUCCAUACAGGGGAGAGGCCUUUCAAAUGUACCGUGUGUGCGAAAAUGUUUAGACAAAAGGCACAUUUGCAAAAGCACGUAAGGACCCACACAGGGGAGAAGCCCUUUUGGUGCCAGGUUUGUAAGAAAAGGUUCAGCUCAAAUUGGCAUCUCAAACAACAUUUCAUGAUCCACACAGGUGAGAAGCCUUACAGAUGUGACCACUGUGAAAAGCAGUUUUCUGACAAUUCAUCUUUUACGAACCACCUUCGUAACCACACGGGGGAGAAACCUUACCAAUGUAAUAUUUGUGGGAAAAAAUUCUCCAUCAAGUCAGUCCUCAAAAUGCACAUGAGAAUUCAUACAGGGGGAAAACCUUACAAAUGCCCCACUUGUUGGAAAUCUUUCACUUACAAGGCAAACCUGAAAGUACAUAUUAGGAUGCACACAGGCGAGAAGCCAUACAAAUGCAUCUAUUGUGGAAAACGAUUUUCCAGAAGCCUGGGAGUGAGGACUCACAUGACACUACAUACUGGUGUUCCACACUGAAUUGGUUCUGCUUUGGUCUGCACAAGUGUCACAGCACACCAGUUAAAGAGAACAAUGCUGGAAUUUUUUUAAUUGAUUUUUUUUUUGGUAAUCUUUCACACCAUAUUUGGCAUUAGUAGCUUGC